GGAGGGGAGGAGGGAGGUAGUGGAGAGGGAAGCUGGGGUUCCUGUCACGUGACCCCUCCUGUGGGCUCCCUCACUGCCCUGCCUGGCUUGUCAGGAGUCGUCUGAGAAGGGGACUUCUCCAGGGACUCGGUCCCUAGGUCCCCAGAUGGGGAGACUGAGGCCGUGGCUGUGUCCCCCUCUGAGAGUUGGAGCGGGACUGGGCCCGAAUUCGACCCCAGCAGGAUUCUCUCUCAUUUCUGAGCCCCGGCGGCGGCAAAGCGGCAGACCCGGGCAAGUGGACUCCAGGGCUGCAGGAACCCAGGCCCCGACGCCGGCGCAGAAGGGAAGGACGGACCCGCCCCCAGCCCAGAGUGCGCAGAGGCCAGGGACAAGGCCUUGCGGCUCAUCCACCUGGAGCUUCAUAUCCCCUCCACGGGCAGCCAGGCGCCCCAGCCUCCACCCACGCCUGCCGAGAUGCUGCCGCCGCGAUCGGUGCCAUCGGAGCGGGCCCCUGGGGUGCCGGAGCCCGAGGAGCUGUGGGAGGCAGAGAUGGAGCGGCUGCGCUGCUCCGCGGCGCCCGUGCGCGGGCUGCCCUAUGCCAUGAUGGACAAGCGCCUCAUCUGGCAGCUGCGGGAGCCCGCGGGGGUGCAGACCUUGCGCUGGCAGAGGUGGCAGCGCCGGCGGCAGACGGUGGAAAGGCGCCUGCGGGAGGCAGCGCAGAGGCUGGCCCGGGGCCUUGGGCUCUGGGAGGCGGCGCUCUACGAGAUCGGGGGCCUCUUCGGCACCGGAAUCCGGGCCUACUUCACCUUCCUCCGCUUCCUGCUGCUACUCAACCUGCUGAGCCUGCUGCUCACCACGAGCUUCGUGCUGCUGCCCCUGGCCUGGCUCCGCCCCCCUGACCCAGGCCCCGCCCUCAACUUGACCCUCCAGUGCCCUGGCAGCCGCCAGUCCCAGCCUGGCGUUUUGAGGUUCCACAAUCAACUUUGGCAUGUUUUAACUGGCAGGGCCUUCACCAACACCUAUCUCUUCUAUGGUGCGUACCGAGUGGGGCCUGAGAGCAGCUCGGUGUACAGCAUCCGCCUGGCCUACCUCCUCAGCCCGCUGGCCUGCCUGCUCCUCUGCUUCUGUGGGACUCUGCGGCGGCGCCCUCCCCACCACAGGCCCAGAGCCGAGCCAAGGCUGAGGCUGGAUGGUAGAGGUGCCCCUCCUCCAGCAGCCGGUGGUCUCCUGCCCCGCAGGAUGGUAAAGGGGUUGCCACAGAAGACUUUGCUGGGUCAGGGCUAUCAGGCACCUCUCAGCGCCAAGGUCUUCUCUUCCUGGGACUUCUGCAUCCGGGUGCAGGAAGCGGCCAUCAUCAAGAAGCAUGAGAUCAGCAACGAGUUCAAGGUGGAGCUGGAGGAGGGCCGUCGCUUCCAGCUGAUGCAGCAGCAGACCCAGGCCCAGAGGGCCUGCCACCUGCUCUCCUACCUGCGGGUCAACAUACUCAUCGGGCUCCUGGUGGUUGGGGCCAUCAGCGCCAUCUUCUGGGCUACCAAGUACUCACAGGACAACAAGGAGGAGUCCCUGUUUCUGCUGCUCCAGUACCUGCCCCCUGGGGUCAUCGCCCUGGUCAACUUCCUGGGUCCCCUGCUGUUCACAUUCCUGGUCCAGCUGGAGAACUACCCUCCCAACACGGAGGUCAACCUCACGCUGAUCUGGUGCGUGGUGCUGAAGCUGGCCAGCUUGGGGAUGUUCUCGUUCUCCCUGGGUCAGACCAUACUGUGCAUUGGCAGAGACAAGACCAGCUGUGAGUCCUACGGCUACAACGCUUGUGACUAUCAGUGCUGGGAGAACUCCGUGGGGGAGGAGCUGUACAAGCUGAGUAUCUUCAACUUCCUCCUCACCGUGGCCUUCGCCUUCCUGGUCACCCUGCCUCGGAGGCUGCUGGUGGACCGGUUCUCAGGCCGGUUCUGGGCCUGGCUGGAACGAGAGGAGUUCCUGGUCCCCAAGAACGUGCUGGACAUUGUGGCGGGGCAGACGGUCACCUGGAUGGGCCUCUUCUACUGCCCCCUGCUGCCCCUGCUGAAUAGCGUCUUCCUCUUCCUCACCUUCUACAUCAAGAAGUACACCCUCCUGAAGAACUCCAGGGCAUCUUCGAGGCCCUUCCGCGCCUCCAGCUCCACCUUCUUCUUCCAGCUGGUGCUCCUCCUGGGCCUGCUUCUGGCUGCAGUGCCCCUGGGCUAUGUGGUCAGCAGCAUCCACUCCUCCUGGGACUGCGGCCUCUUCACCAACUAUUCAGCCCCCUGGCAAGUGGUCCCGGAGCUGGUGGCCCUUGCGCUCCCGCCCAUUGGCCAGCGUGCCCUCCACUACCUGGGGUCCCACGCCUUCAGCUUCCCCCUCCUCAUCAUGCUCAGCCUCGUCCUGACGGUGUGCAUCUCCCAGACCCAGGCCAAUGCCAGGGCCAUCCACAGGCUCCGGAAGCAGCUGGUGUGGCAGGUUCAGGAGAAGUGGCACCUGGUGGAGGACCUGUCACGACUGCUGCCGGAGCCAGGCUCAAGCGACUCUCCGGGCCCCAAGUCCCCUGCCUCCCAAGCUUCGCGCCCUCGGUCCUUCUGCCCCGGAUUCCCAUGCCCUGGCUCCCCGGGCCCCCGGGCCCCGCCGCCGGGCCCCUCCGUUGUGGAUGCCGCGGGACUGCAUUCCACUUGCCCUGGACCGCACGGUACCCCGGCCUCCGCCCGUAGAUUCCGCUUCCCCAGCGUCGCAGAGCUGUAACCCCGACCCCUGCCUCCCCGGGGCCCCUCCAGGCCUCCUUACUCCAUCUUCCAGGCCCCUGGCGACCACCGCCCUCCUCAGUGGCUCCAGGGCCUCCCUCAGGGGUCCCCAAAGACGGAGACACACACUCUAGGGGCAGCAGGAAGAACAUAUGGGAAUUUUCUCUUUAUAUUUUGAUCUCAUCCCUUUAAAAUGUCUAUUUUUUAUUAUGUUUUUAUAAUAUACAUAAUCUAUUAGUAUAGUAUCUCAUGAAUGCAGUUUUUUUCUAGAGUGUGUUCUGACUUUUUUUAGAACUAUGAGUGUAAUUUAUACACAUACAUCUAUUGGGAAUCCUCAGAAGUUGUUUACUGAUGGCAGCACCUUCAGAAGAGUCUGGGGACCACUUCCUAAGGAAGAAAAGAGCUGGCCACAGUUAGAGCAAGCCUGCCUGGGGGGCCUGCUCUGUGUUCCAGAGCAAACUGCCUGCAUCAUCCCCUCCUGUUACACUCCCUUCACCUGAGACAGUCAAGCCACAGCGUCAGCCGGGGCCAGAGCUGGGAUUUGAACCCAGGCACUCAGGCUCCAGAGCCACACUGCCCCAGCGUGGGGCUUAGAGGCUGCUCCUGGCUCUGACUGAGGGGCUGCCUGAAGCCGGGUGAGAGGGUGCUGGGUCAGCUUUUCCCUAGCGGGAAUCCUCUCCGUCCAGUCUUAUAACUUAGCAGCCUCACGUCCACAGAGCUGCCUUGGAAAACUCAAUAGAGCCCUGGCUUCCUGCAGAGCCCUGUUCUCCCAGCCUGCUUCAUGGCUCCCUGGUUGAGUCAAGCUUGCGGAUCUGUGGCGUGAGGGUACCCGCACUGCCUGGGCCUUAGUGGUAUGUACGGGCCUCCACUGUGGGCCCAGGCAGGUGAGGCAGCUGGCCACAAGGGCAGGGCUGGGUCCCCCUCCCAAGGCUGUGUCUGACAUUCUUGAGGCUGUUCAAGGUUCCUUUUCCAAGCCUCCUGUUCUCCCACCCCCACCCCUGCCAUGCUGCAGUGACUCUAAAUCUGUAGUUCUCAGCCUUGGCGAACACCUGAGUAGCUGCUACAAGCUGGCCGCAGCCCAGCGACUCUGAUGUGGUUGGUCCAGCAGCCAGGGCAUCGGGACUUUUCGAAGCUCCCAGGUGACUCACCGGCAGCUGGGGAUGCGAAGUGUCAGGAAGAAAGGUCAGAAGUCCCAGGAUGCACUUGAAAAGCCUCUAGCUCCACCAGUGACCAGCUCCUGGCUGGACUCCUGGCCUGGACUCAGCAUCCGGGAGGCUCUGGCCUCUGGCCCUCAGGGCUGGGGGCUUCUUCACAUGGUCAUCAAAGACUUGGCCAGUUCCGCCUCUCCUGCGGCCAUCCUUGUCUCACGCAGCAUCACAUGACGCAUCCGUUCACCAGCAAACACAGUGAAGUGCUGCUGGUGCUGGGCCCUGUGCUGGGGUUGAGCGUUCUCUGGCCCUCACCUGGCGAUGAGAGAAAGAGGGAAACGGUGAGCUCUGUGUUCCGUCAGGGGGCAGCAACAAGUCUGGACCAGAUAAAAGUGACUCAUGUUGUUAAUUAGCAGCUUAGGGCCAAAGGUGGCCCCUGGACCAGUGGCCUCAGCAUCACCUGGGAAAAGGUUAGAAAGGCACGUUCCCAGGCCCACCUCAGCCUCCUGAAUCAGAGCAGCCCUUUGGCAAAUGGUACUGAGAACCAACCGCAUACAUCACCAAGCACUGUGAACAAGAAAAGCUUUGAGACCUUGAAGGAAUCAUCAAACUGGGCCUCGGUGUGCUCACCCAGGGCGAGACAAAGACGCUGUGCUCCUCCAAGUGGCCUCCAAGAUUAAAUGAGCAAUACUUUU